AUGGCCGAGCCUGCAAAAUACCACGCACGCGGUGCAGCUGCGCGCGACAAGGUGCUUGGAAUUACGCAGCGCGCCACUCCGCUUCCUUUCUCAUGGGCUGGAGAAAUGAGAGUUCGGUUUUCCGAUUUUCAGGUCAAUGAGAUUGGAUUGGACGGAAACGUGAUCCAUUUGAAAACUGUUGGACUCACGGAAGAGCAAAAAAAAGCCGAGGGUAUCACAGGUAAGGAAGCUACCGACACCAAGCCCACCGACGCCGAGACCAAGCCGGCGGAAGAGCAGAGCGAAAAGCCGAACCCGCCUGUAAAAGUGAUUGAGGUGGCACCAGAGGACGUCAAGAUCUUGGCAGAUCUCGCAGGAGAGAAAUUUGCGCAAGAGCUCGUGGACAUGUUCCGCGAGGCGCAAACCGCUGACCCAGAGCAGCCCGUCCAGCCCACCUCGUCGGAGCCCAUUGACGAGAAGCACACGCGCGGCCAGAUUCACCAAGAGGUGCGCCGCAUCUUCCAGUCCCGCGUCGAGACCACCACAGACGGAAGCGGGGGCAUCGUGGCGACGGCGAUUCGUGACCGGCCGCGUGGCAAGAAGCGCAGCCGCGGCGGCGCCCAGCAGCGCGAUCACAACCGGGAACGCAAGGACAAUCGUCCUACGGCCGAAUACCUGCACUUUACACUCUACAAGGACAAUCGCGACACCAUGGAUGCCGUGUCGCAAAUUGCGCGCAUGAUUCGGUCCAAGCCACAGGCCAUUGGGUACGCGGGUACCAAAGACCGGCGCGCGUCGACGGCGCAGCGGUGCUCCAUCCGCCACACGCAGCAGCGCAACCUCGCAGGCCUCAAUGGCAACCUCUGGGGCAUCGCGACCGGCGACUACGAAUACCGCGACGAGGGCAUCCACCUCGGACAGCUCCUUGGCAACGAGUUUGUCAUCACGCUCAAGAACUGCCACGUCGUGGAAGAGAGCGGCGAGACACCCAAGUCGGUGGCCGAGCAGCUGGAGUUGUUGAGGAGCAACGUGGGCAGCGCGCUCGAGCACAUGGCCACACACGGCUGGAUCAACUACUUUGGCCACCAGCGCUUCGGCACGCACCAUAUUGGCACGCAUGACAUUGGCAAGCUCAUCCUCGGCGACAAGUACGAGGAGGCCGUCGAGGCACUCCUCGCCUACGACCCCGAACUCGCUGCCGAGUACGAGACCGCCGCCGCCGCCGCAGCGGACCAACAAGAUGGCACUAAGAAGACCAACCUGGAGGAGCUCGCGCGGCAUCACGCCUGCAUGCUCUUCCGCACCGGCAAGGACGCCAAGAAGGCGGCCAGCAUGAUGCCGCGCCGCUUCUCCGCCGAGGUGUGCGUGACGCGGCACCUCACGCGCGCCGGCGCCUCGUCCAUGCGCGACUUUGUCGGCGCGCUGACGCACAUUACUCGCGGGCUGCGCUCUAUGUACCUGCACGCCUACCAGUCGCACGUCUGGAACCACGCGGCGAGCAUGCGCUGGGAGCGCCACGGCACGCGCGUCGUCGCCGGCGAUCUCGUCAUCGCCGACGACGCCGCCGAACCGCUCUUUGCCGGCAAAGACGACGACGGCGACGACAUCAUCAAUCCCGUCGACGACGACGAUAGCGCGCCCGUCCGCGCCCGGCCGCUCACCGCUGAGGAAGCCGCUAGCGGCCGCUACUCCAUCUACGACGUCGUGCUACCCACGCCCGGCUACCAGGUCGCGUACCCGGACAAUGACGUUGGCGCCUUUUAUACCGACUUCAUGGGCCGCCCAGACAACGGCAGCCUGGACCCGCGCAAGAUGAUGCGCAUGCGCCGCGAGUUUAGCCUGCCGGGCCGGUACCGCAAGCUCAUGAACCGCUUCCUCGCGCCCCCAAGCAUCGAGUUUCGCACCUACACCGACGACAAGGAGCAGAUGCACCCGACGGACCUGGACGUUCUCAAGGAGGCGGCGGAGGAGCCCGCAGCGAAGAAGACCAAGAUGGACGAGGGCAGUCGAGAAAAUGGCGACGACGCCGCCGCCGCCGCGGAAAAAAUUGCGGCAGUGGUCAAAUUUCAGCUGGGACGGAGCGCCUAUGCGACCGUGACGCUGAGGGAGCUGAUGGGCGACAUGCAGGAAGAGUAG